AGUCAGAAUUCGAACAUGCCUGCUUCCUGCUUUCCACAAGAUCCUGCCUAUAAGUUCCCUCCACUCCCUAGCCUCUCAUGGUCAAUUAGCUUUCCUGUGUUGAUUGUAUCGCAGUGGUCUUGUGGCGCCGAUUUGGACACCUCUCAUUCCGUGUCCCACAAUCAUGCGGUUUUGUUGAGUUCCGAGUUUACACCCACCGCAUUGUACCCAGUGUGCCGCUUAUCCAACGCUCUCAACAUGUCGUAUAAGAGCACCAUUCUCUGUCUCUUCGCCGUACUUCUGCAAUGGCAGUUGUGGAGUGUUGCUUCUGCAAUUGGCCUAGUUCCUCCCAGAGGAUACAGCGUGGGAUUCACGGGAACCAUUGCGAAGGGUUCUCAGACAUAUGUCUGCAACCGCGGGUCUUGGACGAGGACGGGCUCUUCUUCUAAUCUGUACGCACAGGAUGGUUCAAAGCUUGGGACGUACCGGUCCGUCUACAAUGCGAAGACGCGGGUGGUGACGUAUUACUGGAACAUCAUCAACUCUGCAGGGGGCUAUUACGAAUCUGGCCAAUCUAUCAGCGGUCUGCAAGCUACGCUUGUGAAGUCCGUGAGGGUUUCUUCGUCCGCAAUCCCUGAGUACCUCGCCAUCGUGAAGGUCCAUCGCGGUUCAGGGGACGCUUCGCAGGUUGCGUUUGUUUCGCUCACGAGGACCAAGGGUGGUCUGCCUCCGCGCAAAGCUCUGUGCGCGUCCAACGGUGCCACAUCCGGCGUCCCGUUUGGGGGAACUUUCAAGUUUUACAACCAAGACCGUGAACCUCCUCGCAUGCCAGCCUCUAUCACCCCCAAAGCAACCUUCGUUCAAGUCGUGUUUCUGGAAGGAAAGGUGACGUACAAGUUCACCGGCGGGAAAUGGGUGUACCAGGGCAUUUUUGCCACCAUUGCCGAGGUCGCGGGCGGAAACGCUUUGGGCAAGUUUGGCACUGCCACGAGACCAGACCGAUACGGCAGCAAGACGAUGUGGCAGUUCAAGGGGCCUAGCGGAUACUGGCUGUCGGGACAAAUGUGCACCAGGCCCGUACGCAUGGAUGUUGAAGGGUUACCGUGGCAACUGCUGAAGAUCACCACAUCCGGAGGCGCCGAGAGCCCGAUGGGGAAAUACACGUACGCGUUGGUGGGCGGGACGCUAGGAGGUCUGGCGCCGAGGCUUGCACCGAGAGCCAGUGGAAUGACAUGGAGCUCUCCCUUCACGGCGCAGUGUUAUCUGUAUGUAGCUUAAGCUGGAGCACGAAGUCUGGUUGUGUGAGGGUAGUUGUGGGGUGCGGAUUCGGCGGUCGACAGGAACCCAGUGUGAUGCCGCCAUAGCAGUGGCAUAUGAUAUGUAGGAGCAGGAAAAAUUGCUUCCAACGGUGCGAGGUGAUCCUCCGGUGCCUGAUGGAGCUGGAUGGCCGCGGGCAUGGAGCUGUAGUACCGAACCAGGGAACAAUGGCAGCACGAGUCAAGCCUGAUGGUCCUCAAAUAAGCUGUUUCAGGGGAUGAUGCGGCACAGUUUCGCAUAAUUUUUUCUCAAGUGUUGCAGAGUUGGCAAUGUACCCAAUUCAGUGUUGACGGUGGAAAAGCUUUGAGUGAUCGCUGGCUUUCACUGCACAUAAAUCGGCAAUCCAUUGCUAGUUCGACGAAGAGGGGUGGCUUUCACUGCACAUAAAUCGGCAAUCCAUUGCUAGUUCGACGAGGAGGGGUGGUCCAGUGCGCAAUGGGGGAGGCUAUAGCUUGCACAGGCAGUUUUGUUCAGCAUUUGUUUGUUGGAAUAACACCUUCUAAAAAUUGACUAUUCUGGAGAUGGAUACAGAUUGUUGUUGGUCGCAAAUCCAUGGUUUGUGAUUUUGUAUGUCUGCGAACAAACUGCACUGCGUUUUGUUGGCUUGUUGGUACAUUUUGAAAUCUAGGAAUCAAUAAUUUGUUAUUUUUGAUAUUUAGUCAUAACCACCUGAAAUAAAUUUAAGAGCUUUUUCCA